GUCAGCGACUGCAUCAACGUGGCCGACGACGCCAUCGCCGCCAUCUCGCAGCUCCUGCCCAACCUCACCGAGCUCAACCUGCAAGCCUACCACGUGACGGACACGGCGCUCGCCUACUUCACCGCCAAGCAAGGCUACACCACCCACACCCUCCGCCUCAACUCCUGCUGGGAGAUCACCAACCAUGGCGUGGUCAACAUGGUCCACAGCCUGCCCAACCUGAGCGUCCUCAGCCUCUCGGGCUGCUCCAAGGUGACGGAUGACGGCGUGGAGCUGGUGGCCGAGAACCUGCGGAAGCUGCGCAGCCUCGACCUCUCCUGGUGCCCUCGCAUCACCGACAUGGCCCUGGAGUACAUCGCCUGCGACCUGCACAAGCUGGAGGAGCUGGUGCUUGACAG